ACUGUGGAGGCUGAAGGGGCAAUCAGCCAAACAAGUAGGCAGUUGGCAGAGUGGACGGGAGACGGGAGGGAGGCCACCAUGGAGAGCUCGCCGCCGCCGCCGCCGCCGACCAUCACCGUCCAGGUCAAGUUCGGCGGCCGCACGAUCCCGGUGGAGGUCCCGGCCGCCGCCACCGCCGCCGACCUGAAGCGCCUCCUCCAGCCGCUCACCAACGUCCUCCCCCGCGGCCAGAGGCUCAUCUGCAAAGGGAAAGUUCUGGCGGAUGCCGCCAGCCUGAGCUCGAUGCAGGUGGUGAACGGAUCCAAGGUCAUGCUCAUGGCCUCGCAGGGGCUCCAUCAGGGGGACGGUCCCAUCACUAAGAAUAGUAGUGUUCCAGCACCAAGCACGAGAAGAGCCUCAAAUGUGAAGGAAGCUCAAAUACAAAAGUCGGAUACAAAUGUCAGUAAAAUCCGACCUGAACGUUGGAAAGCAACUGGUAUUAUUGCAUUGUCUGAUUCCAGCUUGAAGGCAGUGCCUGAAGAAGUAUGGGGCUGUGGUUCUUCUAUUAGAGUACUGGAUGUCAGUAACAACUGUAUUGAAGCAAUUCCACAAGAAAUUGCUGCUCUGAGAUCUUUACAGAAAUUGAUCCUGACUGCUAAUGAUAUAGCUGAUGGGAACAUUUCCUGGGAAGGCCUAACAUGUGUUCAAACAUUAACAGUUUUAUCUCUAAGCCAAAAUCGGCUGGUCACUUUACCUUCAAGUUUGGGCUCAAUAACUCAUUUACGUGAACUUCGUAUUGCAAAUAACAGGCUUGAGAACUUACCUGUUGAAAUAGGGUUACUGAAGCAUCUUGAGAUUCUGAUAGCAAAUAAUAAUAGGAUAACUUCAUUGCCUUCAUCUAUAGGUGGUUGUGAAUCUCUCAAUGAGGUUGAUUUGUCAUCAAAUCUUUUGGCUGAACUGCCAGAGGCUUUUGGAAACCUUCAACAUCUCAAGGCUUUGAGUGUACGGAACAAUGGUCUUACAUCCCUACCUUCAGCUUUCUUCAUAAAAUGCUCGCAGCUCAUUACACUUGAUCUCCAUGGCACUGAAAUCACAAACGACGUUCUUCGGCAGGUGGACGGUUGGGAGGAGUUUGACGAACGUCGAAGGAAGAAGCAUCAAAAGCAGCUCGAUUUCCGGGUGGGAUCAUCAGUUGUGUUCGAUGAAGGUGCGGAUGACGAUUACAGGCGUUUAUAAAUAAAAUCUCUCUUUGGAUAAGAUUGUGUAUUUUAUGUCUCCAGCUUAAUCCGUUGUCGCAAGAAUAACUUGUAUACUUAAGAACAAAUUAGGAGCUGAUGUUGCUACUCACAUCAAUCCUAGAUAUGUACUUGUACUUCAUCCUUUUUCAAAAUCCCUUCUUUUUAGGGAUUCUUUAAACUGUUUAGGGCAUCAAGAGUGGAAAAACAUUACUCCGUCCAUUUCUAUUUACUCGUGACUGUUGACCAAUCCUGUUGUAACUUUGACCACUAAUAAAUUUUGAAUGGUUUGAAUUAUGAUGAACGGAAACUUACUGGA